GUGUUCGCUCGGCUGGACGUAUUUAGCUGACGUCCCGCUCAUGGCGCCCACAGGGGGCUUCGCGCUGCUCUUUUUAUAUUUGGAGACUCCAAAAGAAUCGCGCCUCUCUUUCAUGUGCCGCCUCGGUCCAAUCAAACAGAGGGAGAGGCGGCCUGCGCGAGGCGUCAAUCACGCGCGCUGAGCGGAGCCGCGCAGAUCACUCGAUCCUGCACCGCCGUUGGUGGAUGUGUACGCGACCGGCGCGCGCUUCCUCGCGGACUCUCUGAAAUAUCGCAUUCUUUCUGGAUUGUUAUUCUUUUCUGAUGUUUCUAAAUCGCUCUCCGAUGCAGAGAAAUGGGUAAACUUCACUCCAAACAUGCUGCUAUUUGUAAAGCGAGGGAGAGCCCUGAAGGCGAUAGCUUUGUAGUUAACGCAUGUUUGGCGAGGAAAGGAUUGGAUGACUGGAUGGUUAAGCAGAAGUAUUACUGCUCGACUUCUCGUGUAGAUCAACAGCAGAAAAAUACAUGCGGACUUUCUGCACGGGAGCCAUUGGAUGAAGGUUACGCUGAGGGCAUUAGUGAUGAUCACUAUCGUUUAGAAGUGGCCCUGCCUCCUGAGAAGACUGACAGCUGCAGUGUGGAAGAGAGAAUGCAGGACACUGAGGCCUCUGCCACUGUCGGCCAACACAAGCAAUUACAGUUUGAGGAGGUGGAGUGUGCUGUAUCAGUAGAAGAAGAUAACAGGCAGGAGUGGACCUUCACCCUUUACGAUUUCGAUAACAAUGGCAAGGUCACGAGAGAGGACAUCACCAGUCUGCUGCACACUAUAUAUGAGGUGGUGGACGCGUCCGUGAACCACUCCCCCAGCAGCAGUAAGACCCUUAGAGUGAAACUCUCAGUCGCCCCAGACUCCAGCCAGAGGUGGAAGAACUGCACCCAGACCAAUCCAGAUACUCCCCAUCCCAGACAUAAAGGGGAAAAGUGCAUUGAAGACACCAAAACUUCAGAGAAAAAGUCAAGAGCUUUUCUCAGUAGGCGUUACCACAACCAGCAGGGUUGCCAGCAGCCCUCUGUAGAUGAGAACUUGGAAAGAAGAAACCAUUACCUUGACCUGGCCGGAAUAGAAAACUACUCAUCCCGCUUUGGAACAGCCGCUCCUGCCCCAGAGCCUGUAAAACCCAACCACACCACCCGUUCAUCCAAUCAGACGCGUUCUCGCUCUCAGGAACCCGAGAACGGACACGUGUACCCUGCUUACAAUCGCCGCUCACAGACCAUCUCCAUGGAGCCUCCCGCAAUCUUAACCCGGCACACACAUGCGCUCCGCUCCCCCAAAACUAAACGCAACCAAACUGCCCAGGCCUCCGCCGGUCGGGUUAUGCGAAGAGGAGCGCCCCCUCCCCCCGUGGUGUCUAAUCAGACCCCUCCACACCAAAGCUCAGGACCCUACCGACGGCACAAACAAAGGCCUAAAGAAGGGCCGCACUGUCGGGCGCUGGGAUCGACCGUGACGUCCGGUCCUGUAGUGGAGAAAGAGCAUGUGAAAGAUCUGCCAAGCUUGGUGCUGUAUGAAGGAGGACUGGCUCAGGUAGUCCAGCGGCACGAGCAUCACCAUCAUCAUGAACAUCAUCAUCACUACCAUCACUUCUAUCAGUCGUGAAAGGCUGAUCUGCCCAAUCACACAGAUACACUUAGGAAAUGGAAUUCAUGGAAGUAUCUUAAAUCUUCUGGCAUAGCCAUGUUUGGGCUGAGAAGGGCAUCACAUUCGUGCUACAAUAGCAGACAAUGUUUGUCAGAAUAUGUGUGCAUUUGUAUAUAGAAGUGUGUAUGAAGAUAAUGUGGACAGGCGAUCUGUAGUUUGUGUGAUUUUUUCAGUCAUAUGUUUGGCAGCAAAGUCUUUCGACAUAUCUACAUAUUAAGUAAGGGCGCUCUCUCUGUCUCUCUCUCUCUCUCAGCCCAGUUGUUUUCAUUUUAUUUUCUGAGAUUCACUUAUUUUCCUCUUUUGGUGGAGUAAAUGAAGAACUUUGAUAUAUCAAACCACUUUUGAAGGAAUACAAUUCGUUGUGUGUGUGCGUGUGCGUGCGUGUGUGUGUGCGCGUGUGAAUCAGCACAUUUAUGUGUGCCUAAGGUGUCUUUUUACACUUAUCCUGUGUUUACUCUCCACUGAAAGACCACUUGAAAAGCACUUCUUGUGCCAUUGCAUUUAAGACACUUUAUCUACGAAGAGCUUCUCGCUGAGAUCAACACCUUUAAAAUGCAAUACAGGACACAUGUACAUAAAGAGCCAGUAAGGAUGCUCAAACAGUCCGGGAGCACGAGAACUAAACCGAUAUAUAUGAAGAAAUCCGAGCAUCAUAAUCAGCUGCUACCUCUAGUAUUAUUAUGAUCAUUUGUAUUAUUAACAUAAUUUUUAUCAUUCAGAUUGUAUUUUUAUUUGUCUUUAUUUUAUUAUGCCACCAAUCUGCAGUGUCGUCAAUAUGUACUGGAUUGAAAUCCAUUGUAAGCUUUAUUACUGAUAUAUUUUUAUUCUUUUUUUUCUAUACAUCUUUUUUUGUUUUCCUGUCUUUUAACUGUAAGCUAAUUGCAUCUUAAGACCACUAGAUAUCAGAGUUUAUAGCAUAAUUAUGUGUAUCAUACAAUAUGGGAUCUUAAGAUAAUCUUCUGCCGAUUGUAGGAAAGUGUUCUGAAGUUUGUUUAAAAAUAAUUUAUUUGAAAAAAAAAAGUAUUUCGGGUUUAUGGCAAGCCAAAAGGUCUAAUCAUACGUUUUGAAAAGGUUGUAUUGUAUGACACAAAAUUAUACAUUAUAAUGUAUCUUGUAUUUGUAUAACGGUGGUUUUAACGUUUCCCUGUUAUCAGUUCAUCACAAGACUAGUUCUCAUAUUUUGCUCUUGUAAACUGUUAACAAUUAGUGUUGUCAAGGAAAGAUUUUAAGGAAAAUAUUUAUAUCUCAGGUUCAUUUUUGGAUUACAGUAUGAUAUAAUCUGAUUUUACAGUAAAGCAACUGGACUAUAAAGAAAUUUGCAUUUUCCAGAAUCACAUUUUUUUUUAAGAAAUAAUCUUAAUCCAAGAAUUUGUCUUCAUAUUAAUUUAGGACACUGUAGACAAUAUGAAAGUGCCUUUAGCUCAGUUUUGGUAAAAGUGAGAUAGCAAGGCAACACGUCUGGUUUAUUUAAAGUUGACAUGUUCAUCGCAGCAGUUUUUAAAUAGUACAUUAUGAAUCUAUUUUAGCUUUGAUAGAAUCCAAGUCAUCUAAAGGGAAAGAGUGGAUAUGUGUGUAUUUGUGUGUGGGUGUGUGUGUGUGGCAGCUGUCUCAUUCCUUAGGGGCAUGGUGACAGUAUCGCCGCCAAGGAGUCUCCAGUCGUCCCAUAACUCACCAAUACCCCACUGUCAGAGACUGAAUGUGUGUGGAUUUGAAACCAGCACUUCCAAACGUUAUGAGACACAUCAGCCCUCUUUCAUACUCAGAUGGUGAGCAGGUGUGCGUGUGUUAAAACUUAAGGUGUUUUAACACUCCAGAUGUAAGUCACCCUAUUACCAUAUACAGUAUUUAAGGUAUGACAUAUGUUUUAAAUCUCAGCAGCAUUUUUAUUUUGCCAUUUUUGCGUAACACAAAUUUAUUGGUCCAAGUGUAAAGGUGAUAAUAAAUUAUGAUUUACCAGAACAUUACUAAUUUGGGGGAGUAUGACUGGCUGAUGUGUUUUCUCAGAAUGGUGAGACUAUCACACUACACUUCAUGGUGGUCUCAUCAACUAACUCGUCUCUGUUCCUAACGAAUGAAUGUGUGGUAUGAAAGUUAACACUCCCACUCCGCCCAUCCCUCUUAUAUUUUCACUCUCAUUACAGCACAAGAUAUUAUUUGCUGCUGUCUUUUUAUAUGCACACACUCGUGUGGACGUCACCCAUACUAUUUCCUGACAAGAUACUAACACACUGUAUUGCUGCUAAAAAAAAAUGGCAUCAUAAAAAGUGAAGCUUAAACACUCCAUAUACCCGUGACUUGUAUAACGAUCCAUAAAUAUUAAUCUACGUUAUUAAUUUAUACAUUUUCUGCAGUUGUUGACCAAAUUUCUUUUUAAAUCACCACACUGUUAAUGUUUCGAUUGUUUAGUCUGAUAGGAUCAGCUGUAGCCUGAUGUAAAUAAAAUGUGAAUGGACUGCUGUGGUGUUUGUUAGAUGAACUCUUUACUAUUUAUCUGGAUAAUCAGCUAUUUCGUAUAGUGCCAUUUGUACAUGUAAUAUUUCUUUAUUGCUAAAGUGCUUUUGUUUAGUGACAGCAGAAAGUGUUUCAUGGAGGUGCUUGUAUAUAAAUAACAUGUAGGAAGGAUUUCAUGCCACACCCAAACACUACAACAGAUCAUUUGUGACUUUUCUUAAUGCUUUUUCUUGUUUUGUUUAGUAUAGACUUAUGAAAAUAAUUGCUUUAUUUAUUUGAUAGCAGACCUGUGCUAAGAAAAGAUCUUUCAUUAAAAGCUAAACUGUU